UAUAUGCAUUGGCUAGGAUCGAUUUACUUUACUCCGCCUCGCAAGCAAGAAAAGAUUUGAUUAAGUACGCCAUUAAAAUUUGUAGGCAAAAGUGUAAAUGAUUGCUGCUCUUUAUUAAUACUUUCCACCAGGAUAUUUCAAAUUUGCAACCAGGAUUGCUAAGAAAUCAAAGUUGAAUUAAGCAGAGGUGAUCAAAUCGUGACCUCCUCGCAAAGACUCAACAUUUGCUAGAUUUCAAGAAUAAUUGGACCAGAAAAGAAAAUCAAGAAUUUGAAUCAUCAAAAAGAAACUUGACACAAUAUCUUGUUCGUGGGUCUUUUUACAAUGGAAUUGGUUAAAGAUAAAGUUGAUAGGAAGCAGCAUAACACUGAACAGUUAAAUAUGUCGGAUACUCCUAAAAGGUUAAAAGAGCUGCGUGUAGCAGACCUUAAGGUGGAGCUGGAGAAACGAGGACUGCAAACCAGUGGAGUCAAAGCUGUUCUCGCAGACAGACUUAAGGUUGCUCUGCAAGAGGAAGGAGUAGAACCUGAGGAAUUCAUCUUUAACAACGAAGAAGAACAGAAGAAUGAAGAAGCAAAGGAAGAUUUGGAGGAAGAAUUAAAAGAAGAAGAAGCAAAAGAAGAUGAAGCAAAAGAAGAAGGUCCCGAUGAUAAGAAGGAAGAAAAUGUCAGAGAGGAUGAGAAGAUUGAAGAACCUGUAGUUGUAGAUGAAAAAGAAGUGAUGACUGCAAGCAAGGAGGAAACUGCGAUCUCUGAAGAUGCUUCUGCUGAACCUGAAAAAUCAUCUGAUGUAGAGGAAAACAGGGAUGUGAUUAAGAAUGGAGGAAAUGAAGAGAAGGAUAUGGACGAAGAUUCUUUAAAUAUUAUGGUUGGGGACGAGGAUAACCUGUUUGGAGAAGAAGAUAAGAUAAACGCAGCCCCUGGGUCACCUCCUAGACCAGAAAAUGCCCCUGUCAAGUAUCCCUUCACAAGCAAGGAUACGAUAUGUCUCAGCUCAAGGUCGGAGAAGCCACCAAGCGAAAACAGUUCCAUGAGGGUCAACCCUGAUGAAAAUCAAAGUAUUGGCAGCCAUGAUUCCAACGAGGGUUCCAAAGAUGGACAGACAAAUAAAACUCUAAAUGGUGGAGAUUCUAAAACUCACAACAAGACUGAGAAGGAGAAGAAUGUCGAAUCUACAAUUCGAAACCUGUGGGUCAGUGGUCUUUCUAGCACUACCAAAGCUGCCGAAGUUAAAACUUUGUUUAGUGCCUACGGUAAAGUUUCUGGUGCCAAGAUUGUUACAAACGCUCGAUCUUCUGGUGCAAGAUGUUUCGGAUACGUGACAAUGGCGUCACCAGAAGAUGCUGCUAAAUGUGUUGAGAAGCUCACUAAAACGGAGCUUGGAGGAAACAUGAUUAUAGUUGAGCUAGCUACCCCUGAAAGUGGACCUAACAGACACGAAAAGAAAGAAGAUUUAAAGGUUACAGUGCAGAACAUGCGCAGCACUUCACGAGAUGUUUCUAGACGAGAGGACAGAAGCAGAGCUGGCGGAUCCCACUCAAACCAUGGGUCCCAUCAUACUGCUAGAGCUGGGUCUCGUCGCUCUGCAUCUAGGAGGGAUGAAAGACGCUCAGAUGUUAGCCGCUCCGAUCGUCAAGGGAGCUCUAGGAAGGAAGACAGUAGAGCAUCUGGUCCUGUUCUCACUUUUAACCAUAUUAGGGAUCAGAGACGAAAGGAGCAGGAACGAGAGGAGGAGCGACGAAGACGAGAAAGAGAGAGAAGGAGAGCAGAAGAAGACGAGAGGAAGAGAAAGGAAGCCAUCCGAAGACAAAGAGAUGAGGAAGACAAGCUGAGGAGAGAAAGAGAAGAGUUGAAAAGGGAAAGAGAAAAAUUAGAGAGAGAAAAACAAGAAUUGAUGAAGUUUGAGAGAGAACGUCAAAGAAUGGAACGGGAAAAGUUGGAGAGAGAGAAGGAAGAACUGGAACGUCUAAGACGUCAACAGAUGAGUGGCCGCGGAGCUGUAGAUGAUCGAAGAGGAAGCAAGAGACAAGCAGAAGACAGAGAUCCCUUUCACGGAGAAAGGAAGCGAAUAAAUCAAAGAGAAGAGUUUACAUCUGAUCGUCGGGGUGCAUUCGACAUUGGUGUGAGGAGAACAGAUGACAGAUCUGGCAUGUCCAACAGGUAUGAAAGAUCCUCCAGGGAAAUGAUGGGAUCUAGAGAUGUUCAAUCUAGUUCUAGAAGCGUAGGAAACGGGCGAGACAUGAACUUGGGACGAGGGGGAGGCGGCGGUGCAUCCAGGGAUCAUGGGAGUUCUAGAGAUUAUGGUAACAAGGAUAUGUUAAGUGGAAGAGGCGGCUCUUCCAGGGAUUUAGGAUCAACCAGAGAUUCUGGUAGGAUGGGUGGAUCAGACUACAGGAGUUCAAGGCCUUCGCAUGGAGGAUCUCACGUCUCCGGUAGUGGUUCAAGAUCCUCGGGGCUUGGAGGCAACCAUAGUAGUUCACAUCCGGGUAGUUCACAUGGAGGGAACUCUCACGGAGUAAGUUCUCAUGUUGGAAACUCUCAUUCUGGAUCAACAUGGUCAGGAAAUAAGAGUGGAGGACAUUUUGCUGGAAACAGUGUCAGUAGUAGCUUCUCAGGGAACCAGUCUGGAGUUGGAGACUGGAACAGAGGUGGAGGAAUGGGUGGAAAUAGUUUGCAGAACCAACCGAGAAACCUACCAAUGAGUGGAGUGAAUUUGCCCCUGGGAGGAAUAACUCCGUUCCAGGCUAUGGCUACCAAUCCGUUCAUGAACCAGCUGAGCGGAACCGGUCUGGGUGGAAGCAGUGGUGUAGACCGAUACGACGGAUAUAACAAUGUUAAACCGUCGAUGAUGAAUCAAUCUAGGCGUUACUAGAUAUUACUGCAUUAUUUUCGAUUAUUUUUGCUUAUUUUUGCGUUUUAUUAUAUUCCCUUCUAAGUGAGCACUGAAUUGUAAACUUUGUAAGAUAUUACCCGUUCUUAAAAUAUAAAUAAUCACUUUGCUAUAGGCUUUGAUUUCAGCGAUUGAAGUAAGGUAUCGAUCAUUAGGGGAACAAAUUUGGCUCAUGUUGAUCUGAGAAACUUUGAAACCAGAAAAAAAAGAAUCUUUUCAUCAAGGUUCAAAUUCCAAGUUAAAUAAAAAGAUGCAACUUGUUUGUCAAUGUCUAGCGAGAUUUAGAGAAAAUUUUGUUGAAAACUUGCCAUUAGUUGGAGUCCAGAGUUAUCUGUCGAAUCAGGAAUUUUUUAAUGAGAAAUAAGAUCAGUUGAAUAUUAGAUUAGAUUAUUUCCAUGAUAAGAGUUCGUCUACUAGAAAUAUAAGAAUGCUGGGACCGAUGAAAAGCCAAAACGUUGGAAUGAAUUUGAUGAAUCUGUCAAUCAGACGACCCUCAGGAAAAACGAAGAAUUAAGCCACAGGUUUAAGCUUCAUAUCUUCAUUAAUAUACCACCACAAAAACGAAUGAGAAAACUUUUCAAAAAUAUUUUUAUUUGUAUAAGGUCGAGAAUUGAGAAAAUAUGCCAACUGUUAAGUUUGUCUUAAGCUUUUGACGUGGAAUGAGAAAUUUUAUUCAGGAUUUUGAAAUACAAAUUUUUGGUCAAUCAGAGAUACAAGUCAAUCGAUUUCUCUCUUCAUCUCCCGGAGACAGUUCUCCACUACUCCCUUGGGAUCAAGUAUCUACCGGAACCCUCUACCAGUCCAUACUCCGACCUUACUGUGAAACCGUGUGUCCUGAGCCAAUGAUUAUCCUGAUAAGUAAAGGAUAUGUUUGUGUUGAUUCGAGGUGAGCCCUGUUUACCUCGGUGUGAGGUGAUAGGGUUGGAUAUCCUGGCAACCAGACAUCCUAAGCUAUUUGGUCUAGUCGUAGAGAGAAUGGGAUUCAAUCAGGACCAAAACAACGUAGUUGUAUGUGAUGGUGAAGUAGAUGAAAGAUGCCAACCUGAUCCAGCUGGACGGCAAAUAAGCCUGAAACCUAAUCUUUAUCCUACAGACGUUCUCAAUAUACUCACGGAGACGGGAGGGUUCGUGUUCAGGGAUUCAUCUUCUCAGGGAACCGUGGUUAUCUGGAACCUGGAGAAGUGAGGAGAACCCGGAGAUAGAAAAAUUACUUAAUUCUGUACAGAACAAACAUAUGUGAUUAAUUAAUGGCUGUGUGAUUUAUUAAGAAUUUAAAUUAAUAUUCAAAAUAAUAUUAUAUAACCUAA